AUGGAAGCAGCUCUGUCGAGGAUGCAGCCGGCAUUCGGAGCGCGCCGUGCCGUCCGCUCUGCCGCCUGCAUUGCAUGCUCGUGCCAACCGUUGUCGACGGCACCAUCGAAGGCAUCACUGACAUCGAAAGCAUCAUCGGCAUCGUCGACAUCAUCGGCGUCACCGGCAUCAUCGAGACGCUUCUCUGCUCUUCACCGCCCACCCCCCAACUACGCCGGCCAUGUCCCGCUCACGGGCGUGGAGCGGGCCGGUCUUGCCAUCGGCGCGAGCCUCAUGUCUCUCUUCAACCCUUACCGCCACGAUCUCAUCGCCGCCACGGGCGAGGCCACGGCGACGCCCUACUUCAUCUACCGCCUCCGCGACGCCAUGCUCGCCGACCCGAUCGGCCGCCGCAUCCUCCGCCAGCGGCCGCGCAUCACCUCGACGACGCUCGACCUGGCCGCCCUGCGUGCCAUGCCUGCCGGCUCCCUCGGCCGCACCUACGUCGGCUGGCUCGACCGCGAGGGCGUCUCGCCCGACACGCGUGCCCCCGUCCGCUACAUCGACGACCCGGAGUGCGCCUACGUCAUGCAGCGCUACCGCGAGUGCCACGACUUUUACCACGCCGUCACCGGCCUGCCCAUCGUCCGCGAGGGCGAGGUGGCCCUCAAGGCCUUUGAGUUUGCCAACACGCUCCUCCCCAUGACGGGACUGAGCAUUUUCGCCGCCGCGACCCUCAAGCGGGCCGAACGGAGCCGCUUCCUCGACAUCUACCUUCCCUGGGCUCUGCGCAACGGUGCUAGGAGCAAGCCGCUCAUCAACGUCUUUUGGGAGGAGCAGCUCGAGCGUCACGUCGACGACCUGCGGGCCGAGAUGGGCAUCGAGCGCCCGCCCGACCUGCGAGCCCUGCGGGCGCGGGAGCGCGACGAGAGGAGGCGGUCGAAGGAAUCCCAGCCUCGGCCCACCUCGUGA